AUCAUCACAUACUUUUGAGCAAAUUAAAGAAAAACAUUUGAUUUAUUCAAGCAAUUCAAAGAUAUACCAUGAGUUUAAAAGUUAGUAAAGCGUGGAUGGUGGCCGGGACAGUUGGGUUGGUGGAGGCACUAAAAGAUCAAGGUUUUGCACGGUGGAAUUACACCUUGAGGACCAUCCACCACCACGCCAAGUCCAAUCUCCGGUCGGUUGCCCAGACCAAGAAGCUGUCUUCUCAGGCUACUAAGGCUUCAAGCAGAGACAAGGCAAAACAAUCAGAAGAGUCAUUAAGAAAAGUCAUGUACUUGAGCUGUUGGGGUCCCAAUUAAUUAAAUUUUAUCCACUACAGCAAUUUUAAUUUGACCAAAUUUCUUCAAA